AGCACAAGACAAGAAGCCCCGGUCCUUCCUUCCCCAAACUCUGCCUUACGGUCGUUCUCCGAGUUCAGGGUCUGCUUGCAGUACAAGAAGCACCGAUCUCUGGAUUCAUUCAUUCUUUCUCCAAGCGUUGUGUUUCGUUUGGUCGUUCUCCGAGUUCAAGAUGUCUGCAUCAGAGGAAGAAAUUUCAAGGCUAUUCAGAAUCAGAAAAACAGUGAUGCAGAUGCUGAAGGAUAGGGGUUACUUUGUUGGAGAUUUUGAGAUCAAUAUGACAAAGCAUCAAUUUGUGAGCAAAUUUGGUGAAAACAUGAAGAGAGAGGACCUUGUAAUCAAUAAAGCAAAGCGAACUGAUAGCUCUGAUCAGAUUUAUGUUUUCUUCCCUGAAGAACAAAAGGUUGGUGUUAAGACAAUGAAGACCUACACCAAUCGCAUGAAAUCGGAGAAUGUCUUCAGAGCAAUUUUGGUUGUUCAACAAAAUUUGACUCCCUUUGCUCGAACUUGCAUUAACGAAAUAUCAACAAAAUUCCACUUGGAAGUUUUCCAGGAGGCAGAAUUGUUGGUCAACAUCAAAGAACAUGUUCUUGUUCCUGAGCAUCAGGUGCUGACCAGUGAGGAGAAGAAGACUUUGCUGGAGAGGUAUACUGUGAAAGAAACACAGCUACCUCGAAUUCAGGUGAGCGACCCGAUUGCAAGAUAUUUCGGGCUGAAGCGAGGACAAGUUGUAAAGAUAAUUCGUCCAAGUGAGACUGCAGGUCGAUACAUCACCUAUCGAUAUGUGGUAUGACUUGUUAUUACUCAUUGGGAAUGAAGGGACUCUUUGUUGAGGCUAGUGUGAGUGAAAAGCUUAUUCCAGAUGUAUUGUUAAGGCGAAUUCAUGGCUCCUUGACUCAUAUAUGAUAUAUAACAAUCAUCCAUGUAACAUAUACACAAUGGCUUUAUAUCAGUUGAACCAAAAUUAAUUUGAUGAGUAUGUCAUGUGACCAGUGGCAUCAUGGUUUA